AUGUCCAAACUUUUAAUCGCAGCGGAAACAGGAAAUUUUUACGAAGUAAAACGGUUAAUUGAACAUGGCGCUGAUGCGAAUGGUGACAUUUUUUGCGACGUUCGUCUUCUUCACUUUGCAUCUGGUUUACUGAAAAUUGUCAAAUAUUUAGUUGAACAUGGUGCUAAUGUAAAUUUGAAUGCCUUCAGCGUUGGUAGCCCUCUUCAAUCUGCAGUAUCAUCUGGUUCCCUGGAAAUUGUCAAAUAUUUAGUUGAACAAGGUGCUAAUGUAAAUUUAAAUACCUUGAGCGUUGGUAGCCAUCUUCAAUCUGCAGUAGCAUCUGGUUCACUGAAAGUUGUCAAAUAUUUAGUUGAACAUGGCGCUGGAGUAAAUAUCAGAUUCUGUACCGUUGAUAGUCCACUUCACAAUGCAGCAUCAUCUGGUUCGCUAGAAAUUGUCAAAUGUUUAGUUGAUCAUGGUGCAGAUGUAAAUUGUGAAACUUUUACCAUUGGUAGUCCUCUUCAAAAUGUAGCAUCAUCUGCUUCACUGGAAAUUGUCAAAUAUUCAGGUGAACAUGGUGCUAAUGUAAAUUUUAAAUCUUGUAGCCUUGGUAGUCCUCUUCACUCUGCAGCACUAUUUGGUUCACUAGACAUUGUCAAAUACUUAGUUGAACAUGGUGCUAAUGUAAAUUUUAAAUCUUGUAGCCUUGGUAGUCCUCUUCACUGUGCAGUAUUAUUUGGUUCACUAGACAUUGUCAAAUAUUUAGUUGAACAUGGUGCUGAUGUAAAUUUCAAUACGUUGUGCGUUGGUAGCCCUCUUCAAUCUGCAGUAUCAUCUGGUUCAAUGGAAAUUGUCAUAUAUUCAGUUGAACAUAGUGCAAAUGUAAAUUUUAAAUCAUUUAGCCUCAGUAGUCCUCUUCACUUUGCAGUAUCAUCUGGUUCACUGGAAAUUGUAAAAUAUUUAGUCGAACAUGGUGCUAAACUAACAAAUGAAGAAAAUCUUGACAUGCCCACAAUUCUAUUUUUGGCUUGUGAAGGUGGAAAUGCGUCUGUUGUUGACUACCUUCUCCAACAUGGAGCGACUAAAGACCUGAAUAACUGGAAAUUGAAUUCUCCCUUACGUAUAGCGUGCGAGAAAGGUCAUACCGCCGUAGUUCAAACAUUACUGAAAUAUAACGUUGAUAUACGAAAAGAGAAGGAACCAUUAACAUGUGGCAAUAAUGAGAUCAGAAAUAUUUUGAAUGUGGAAUUAAAGAAGUCCGUUAAACAUCAUGAAAAAAUUCAGAUUUUAAAAGGAAUGGACAACGUAAAAUUGACAAAGGUAACAUUAUAUUUUUAAUUGCAUGUAGAGCAAAACAGAAACGGGAUCUCAAAAUCGUCCAUUUAUUGGUUGUCAUUUGUGGCUAAAAGGGCAGAUAAUGUAGAGUAUAUUAGCUCGGUAACCGGCUUUGCUGGUUUAAUCGGGUACCCGCUUCAUAUUUUUAUUUUGAAAUUUCUCAAAUAGGAAACAGGCAAAAACGCCAACAAAAAAUCAAAUUUUUUAAAGCGUCAGGGAAAACAAAGCACAAAGGUAAAUUCGCCUUUCCAAUUUUAAAUGCACAAAACUGCACCAAAACUCUUUCAAAUCACUCGCAAAACCUACAAUAUGUUUAAACUCACUUGUGUUGUCUCUUAUUCUUAAUAAAUGUCUUCAUUUCCUUAACAUUUUAACAAUUGUUGCAGUAAAACUAUAAUAACUAUUGUUAAUCUUUAUUAUUGUUCCAAUGUAUGGAGUAACAUCUCAAAGUGUAACAUUGAGAAACUGCAGUUAAUUCAAAAUUUCGCUUGCAGAAUAGUUUGUGGUAUAAGGAAAUUUGACCAUGUCACACCAACACUAAAGGAAUUGAAAUGGCUGCCUGUAGCUAGCGAGUUGUAUUUGAGAAACGCCACUUUGGCAUUUAAAUGCAUGACUGGUUGUGCUCCAGAUUACUUAUCCGAACCAGUGGCGUAACGGGAGGGUGUCAGGGUGUCCAGAGACGGGGGGCCCCCGAACUUUAGGGGCCCCCAACAAAAAUGACCUUAAAAAGUUUGAUAGCACAUUUCUGGGGAAUUGAAUUAAUUGAAUUGAAUUGAAUAAAAAAAAAAAUUCUCUGGAAAAGGCAAAAUCCGUCGAGAAAUUUCCCGAAGCUGCGACGGAUUAAGUACGUUGCGGCUGGCAGAAAUUUUUUUUGGGGAUCACUUUCCGUGGGAGGCUUGGUAACCGCGACUUUUAUUCAGGGUACAUAUUUGGAUUUGUUGGGACACUUGACGUAAAUUUGGGGUUAUGGCAGGUACUCAUAUAAAGUCUAUCAGUACCAUUAAUUAUCAUUAACCUUUAGCGGGAAAUAUUUAAAAGUUACUACAACUGAAUUUAUGCAUCGCCCUCAGCUUACAGUUGAUAAUGCAAAAUCUAUAAACGUGUCUUGUUCACAUUUUGCAUUGCGCGCAGGCAAAUUUGAUUUGUCAAUUUUGAUACUCAUGAUAAUCAAUGACAAACUUGACAUCAGUGCGCCUAUAAGCAUCAGAGUGCGUGGUUUGCAUAAACAUCACGUUUUCAACCGAGACUAUCUGUGACUUACACAGUGUCACAGUAUUAGUAGUGCACAAUAUAAUACAAACAGGGAAUCUUUUAAAAUAAAUUCAUAGUUAAUUUUACCUAAUUGAAUAAUUUGAAUGUGAACGUUUGAACGUUUCUAUCAGUUUAAAUGAACUGCAAAUAAUAUGUCUAUAUUUCGAAUACGCACGAACUUAUGACCUUUAUACUGGCAUAUUCAAUAUCUCGAUAUUUAUGGUAUAUUUUGAUCCAUUUUAUAAAAAAAUUGUAAUGUGUUUUCUUUUUAUUACAUUUUAUUUAUGGAUACAAAGCUUUCGGAAAGGCACGAUGAAUAAUGCGUCAAAACCGCAGCGGUUAUGGAAUAAGUAUACAAUGGUCUACAAUAUAAGUCGCGUCAAAGUGUUCGACCGCAAUCUAUUUCCCGCUGUACAGGCUUCCUAUAUUGCAUCAUAACAGGCGCGGUUACCAAGCUCCCAAAGAAAGUGAUCCCAAAAAAAAUUUCUGCUCGCGGCUGAGGUAAAGGACGAGAUACUAGAAUGAAUUAAUUGCAAUUUCAUUGGGUAUAUCCGGAAAAAAUUUUGGACCCCUAAAAUGGUACAAUGUCCGAAAAGUGCUUAAGUGAUUUGUGGGAGGAAGCCAAAAAAUAAAUUGUUGCGAGAAAAAUUUUUGGAGCCUAUUUUUAGUGUAGCAAAGGGGCCCAAAGUGGCCAAUUGACGGAGGGCCCCCAGCGGUUGCGUUACGCCACUGAUCCGAACAAUUUGUAAAGCGUGGAGACAUUAGCCAGCGAACCACGAGAAGUUCACAGAAAUUGAACAUUCCACUAUUUAAAAGUGCCACUGGCCAAAGGACUUUUUAUUACAGAACUGUAAGCUUGUGGAACUCUCUGGAGUCAAAGUUUAAACUUUGUCCAAAUGUUGUAAGUUUUAAGAGAAGCCUUCGAAUUAAACUUCUCAGCGACUUCUUAGCUACUUAAACUUUUAAACCUUUAAACUCAUUAUAGUAAUGUGUAUGUCUAUAAAAUAGUAAUUAGGUACUUAUAUUCCUGUAUAUAUAUAUAUAUAUAUAUAUAUAUAUAUAUAUAUAUAUAUAUAUAUAUAUAUAUAUAUAUAUAUAUAUAUAUAUAUAUAUAUAUAUAUAUAUAUAUAUAUAUAUAUAUAUAUAUAUAUAUAUAUAUAUAUAUUAUUGCAUUUCUUUUGUAAUUAUCUUUGAAAAGCUCCUCUGUGGGAAAGAUAAUAAAUUUCUAAUCUAAUCUAAUCUAAUCUAAUCUAAUCUAAUCUUGUUCGCUUAUUGUUGCUAUGCUACACUUACAGCACUCAGGGAGGUACCGGAGGUGUGUCUUUUGCAAACAAAAACGUUUCCGGUUUACAAAGAUAUUUAAUUAAUAUUUCAAAAUGAAUAUAAUAAAGCGGAAAUUGAACUUCGUGUCGUGGAAUUUUGGACUGAAAUCAAACUUGUGAUUACAAAUCCCACUUCCGCUUCGUGGUCGUACGUUUUUGUAAUAACGCGGUUGAUGUCAGUCCAAAUUGCACUCCACUCAGUUCAAUUACCAUUAUAAAUCAUUAGGAGUGAAGCAGUUGGUUCGAUAUGGAAAAUUUCAGUAAGAAUAACGCAUCCCCCGUGUUUGUUGCCAUGGCUAACAUGACGCGAAUCUGCGUUCAUUAGUUGCUUUAAUUUAGAAUAUUUCAUAUUGUUAAAAACUGUUCAGGAAAAUAAAGGCGACGGUUGAUUGAUGCAUGUAUUUCUAGUAUAUAUUGAGGAACAUUACUUUUUUCAAGGAACAACUGAAUAAGUUUCUCGACGUGGUUAAAUAAUUCUGUAUCUUUUCACGCUUUAGCGGAGAUGAUUCCGAGUUCAAAACUACUUGAUGUAGAACUAUUUUAUUUGUCAUGCAGUCAUAGUGAUAUUUUUUUUUUUCUACCAUAGGUUGGAUCACCGGUGAAGUAUUUUUCCCCGCAGAAAUCUUUGAUACUUGGGAAGGGUUCAAUGGGUACAUCUGUUUAUGUUGGUAUCAUGGAAGAUGGUGCUGAAGUGGCUGUAAAGAGGAUCUUGAAACAGGAGUUUGAUGCAGCUCAAAAUGAGCUAGAAAUUCUGAGUCGAAUUGAUGCAAGCAAGUCACCAUUUAUAGUAAGUUAUCGAAAAUGUUUAGAAGACGCCACUUUUGUGUAUAUAGUUUUAGAUCUCUGCGAAGAAACAUUAAAAGAACACGUUUGUGCUCAAAGAUUGGAAUAUCUACAUGAUCAUGGUCCAAGAAUGAUCAAAGAAAUUUUAAGCGGAAUUGAAUUUCUUCACAGUCUAAAAAUUUUGCACAGAGAUCUCAAACCAUCAAAUGUCUUGGUUGAUCUCGAAGGUCACAUGAGAUUGGCAGACUUCGGAAUAAGUCGUGUUUUGAAUGAAGAAGAAACCACAGUUCGUACAGGUGCAAAAGGAACCCGAGAUUGGAUGCCCACCGAAGUAAUUGAAAUAGUAGAUAAAGAAGAGAAAGGACGUUUCAAAAAAAAAUCUGAUGUUCAGGUCGCAGGUAUGAUUGCUUUCUUCAUUUCGACCAAAGGUGAACAUCCUUUUGGUUCUGCGCUUGAACGAAUGAUAAACAUUUCAAAAGGAAAUCCUAUUAACUUGGACAUGCUCCACGAUCUUCAAGUUCGGAAAUUUAUUUCAUGGUUGAUCUGUCAUAACAUUGAUGAUAGACCUUAUGCUCAUGAGGCGCUGGCGGAUCCCUUUAUGGUCCAUGUGACAAAUUCUCUCAGGAAAAUUGGAUUACAAAAAUCCUGUAUUUAGGAAAAUAAUCUUCCCUUUACUAACUGUUCCAAUGCAAAACUUUUUAUGGGAAAGAAUAUGUGAAACUCAAAUUCAAAUGUAUAAACAUUCUGAAUUUCCCAUAUGAAAUAUAUAAACAAUUUCGCAUGUGAAUUUUCGAUCCAUUUGAACAAAACCACAGCAGCCCAAAAAUGCGUGUAGAAGCAUAUGAAAGAAGUGCUUAAGGAUAAAAGCCUUUCAUUUCGUUUAGAAGACCCUUGAAAUUUAGCUAAUAAAGCUAAAUGUAUGAAGAAGUGUGGGAAAUCUAGAUGCCAGAUAAGUUGUUAUGUAGAGGAAAUGGAAAAAAAAUGAAUAUGGAAAUAAUAAGUAUUGGAUAAAUUAUUCCUUUGGUUGUGGUUCAGAGG